ACAUAGCAAAUGUAAAAUACCGCCUGGCGUAGCAGCAGUGUGAGUGUAAGCAAAUGCAACAGCAUGCAUGCGUUCAUUCCUUACGGCUGAAGAAUGAUGAUAGCGUUUCUAAAGAACGGAAGUGAACCGACCAUUUUGAAACCCCGCACCGCUUAGCACAAUGGAUAAGGGCCAUACAGUUAAACUCUUUGUAGGGAACUUGGCCCUGGACACCACGCAAGAAGAACUGUCAGCCAUUUUUGAAGCGUAUGGCCAGGUGGUUAGCUGCAGUGUCUUGAGACAGUUCGCUUUCGUACACCUACAAGGGGAGGGUGCAGCCGAGCGUGCCAUCCGGGAACUCAAUGGCAGAGAGUUUAAAGGUCGAAACCUUGUGGUCGAGGAGUCUCGAGGACGGCCGCUCCACUCGACAAAGGUGUUUGUGGGUAAUCUAAGUAGUAUGUGCACCACAGAGGACCUCCAGGAGCUGUUUCAGACCUUUGGGAAAGUUCUGGAGUGUGAUAAAGUGAAAGGUUAUGCCUUUGUACACAUGGAGAACAAAGAAGAUGCACUGCAGGCCAUCGAGGCAUUGCAUGGGACCUCUUUCAAAGGCCGACCGCUGUCUGUGGAGCUCUCGAAAGUUCAGCCAAGUAAGCAGGCCCCCACUGGUAAGAUCCCAUGCGUAAGCUGUGGCAAACAAGGUCACUAUGCAGGUGAAUGCCCAGCUGGAAAGCCCACCCUUGAGCAGUAUCAAAGCCAAGCAGCUGUGCUAGCUGCUGCCGCCGCUGCGGCUGCCGGUCUACCGCUGCAGGUUCAGCAGAGUGUCCACAAUUCCGUAUACAACACCUCAACAUUUGACCCCACUUACGCUGCACUAACUGGACUUACAGCCGCUGGCGCAAGGGCUGAAGGAGGGACAGCAGUGGCACCAGCCGUGUACGGAGCUCUAGCCAGUCAAGUGUAUGGAACGGUUGCCAACCAGCUGUACGGCGGGACAGUUGCGAAUCAAGCACUCAACAACAGCGCUGCUGCCGCCGCCGCACAGGUAUAUGGCUCGGUUAACCCGACAUUCUACGGGCAGAUGGCUGCAGCUGCUGCCGCCGCGUACGGUCCGCAGUUUUACACGUCUGCAGUAGGUAAUCCAGUGUUCCUAACUGCAGCGCCAGGCAUGGAGGUACCGGCAGGUGCCGCUGUUAACCAAGCCUAUACGGUAGCACCAGCCCUCUACAGUGCAAGCCCAGGUUACGGAGCUCUGGGAGCAGCUGAUUCAGCAGCUAUCUUCGAAGCAGCAAGGGCACACUACUUUGCACAAGGUCAGCAGGUGCUUGCCGAGCAGCAGCAGCAGCAGGCUAGCUCGAAGUCAGGAGAGAGGGACCGGAGUCCACUAAGAAGAUCAGCCCCUCUAUUGCCAGACCCUGUUAUGAAACCAUUUAUGUACCAGAGGGCAAAACGCAGAGCCUUGUUGCCUACGCCUUCGGGACGCGAAGAAGCUGCCGCGCAGGAGGAAGAUGCCCUAGCUAGAUAUUACGCUGAAUACUACCAGCAGUACCAGCAGCUGCAGCAGUACCCACAUUACCAGUAUGCCUAUCCAUCUCACAACCACCUCGCAGCAAUGCCCACACUCUCCACCCUGCCCGGUGUGUCCGCUCAGCAGAUGGCAACCCUCGACUCCCUCAGGCCAGUGCUGCCCGCCGCCCCCGUGCCUGCCGCUGCCGCCAUCGCCAUGGCAACACCCCGCGUGUAUGAGCCUCCGCCGAUUCCGCCGUCGCACAAGGAGCCCCUUCUCCGCCGCCCCGAACUUGCCCUACACACCCCUGAAACACCCUUCCGAUAGUGUGCUCCACAUCCUCUCUGCCUCUCCUUUCCUUGUGCUGAGUGUGUGUGUGUGUGUCAGAAAGAAACCACAAGUCUAUGUUUAUGAUGUGUGUGUGUGUGCGUGUUUGUGAGUAUGGGUUUAGGAUGGUGGGCAUGUUGGUUUUAACUAUAGACUGGAAUCUCUAACCUUGGUUCUGAUCACACACCCAGUGUAGUCAGGGCUGAAAAAGGGAAACUGCAUGCUAUCAUUCCUGCACACUUAACCAAGGUAACACAUUAAUGCUCUGUUUAAAGAAAUGUCUCUCUGACCUUAAAGGAAUAGUUCAGCUAAUAUUGAACAUGUUAUCAUACUCGUGUUGAUCUUAACUUUCAUUUUUGAUAGAAUGCUUAAACAUUGUUUCCCAAACAAGGAAAGUGUAUGGUGAUUUAUACUGGCAAACUCCUAAAUGGACACAAAAUAAGUAUAGCGCACAAGUCAUAUGGACAACUUUAUGGUAUUUUUAUACUGCCUUUUUGCAAUUUUAAAUCACCAUUAUCUUUCCUUGAUUGAUAGACAUUUCUCUGUGAAACACAAAAUGAGAUUUUAGUCAUAUUAAAGAUUAUUAUGUGGGGUCAAAAGUACUUAAGGGUGCGUAAAUGAGUUUCAUUUGGCUGAACUUUUCCUUAAAUUGCCAGUUAGUUUUAAUGGGUAGAUCUGGCAUUAGCCAUGCCGAUUUUUAACUUUUAUAUCCUUAAGUGUUUGUAGUCAAUGAAUGAUACUGUACUUGAUAUUUUUAAAUGUUGCUUGAAAUAGUUAACCAGUUUACGUAUUCAUUUAGUUUUCGAUACAUUUCAAAAACAUUUCAAUAAGUUGAAUGUACGUUUACUUCAAAGGUGUGUGAAGCGUGGGACCAGGGUUGGAAAGUGUUUUACACGUCUGUGUGUGUGUUUCUUGUUUUUCUCGGGAACUGUGGCGUAGCGUGUAUGCUUUCCGUUGGUUGUCACGACAGGAACGCACACGUAUACACGUGCACAGGGAAGCAACCACGAUCCACAUGCACAUGCAUACACAUCCCUUACACCCCAAAUUGGAGGAAACCUUAGUGUUGACCUUUAACCCCCCUCCCUCCAUCCCUGUCCACCCAUCCUGAAAGCUGAAAGACACUGUGACUUCUCUCCCCUCCUACGUUAAUGUAGCUGCUUCCUUAGACACGGUGAUGUACGGGAACCAAUCAGAGGAAGGUGUAGCUAGUCAGCUUUCGCUGAAAUCGGCCCUCUGGCCUGUCUGUCUUACGGGAACGUUUCUACGUUCACCGACUUAACUGCCAUGAUGCAUUGUAGAAUCUGUAUUUGUAAGCGUGUUUUAUUAAUGCUAUCAUGUUUUUAUAAACAACAACUAGGGACUCAAGUAUCAAUUGAAAAAAAUAUAUAUUAUCAAACUAUUUUUUUUAGUUUUUGUUUACAUCCGCAAGAGCGAAAAUGUGCAUUCUUGCGGCUUUUCGCAAGCAUUGUUAAUAGCCAAAAUAAUUUCUUUCUUUUUUCUAGAAAAAAAACUAAAACAGCCAAAAUGAUGCUUUUUCAGUGGCCUAUGAUUCUUAUGCCUUAGUAGUGAAAUGUAUUAAAGAUUUGCUGUUUUUUAACUGUAGUCUUAUAAUGUGAAACUGGAUUAAGGCUACAGGAAAGUGCUGUAUAUUCUGUGGUGCUGUGAUUUGGGAUUAAAUGAAUUGGGAGAAUCCUAUCAGUUUCUUUCAGUCUUCCUGCUCAUUUCGCUGCUGAAACUCCAUAGAUGACCCUCACUGCAUCUCUCUCCAUCUCUGCAUCUGCCUCUCAUUUAGUAGCAGUAUUACAUUUACCAUGUCCCUGUUCACACCUAUGUGCUGAGGAUGCCAGUGUGCGAAUGUGAAUGUUAAUCUUAGAAAGCGUUUUGCAUCGACGUUCAUGUUUGUAGUUUAUAUUCCGUUAACUGCUGCAAGUGUUCUCGGAAGAGAAGACUUAAAGAUCUCUUCGUGAUCUUUACUGACUUUAACAAGCCUUCAAAUAAAGCGCCCGCCUGAGGAAAAACU